UGGGGUUGCUGGCCUACGGUAAUAUACCGUUCUCCUGAGAUAGCCGGAUAUGUGUCUGUCGCUGACCGCUAGUUUUUGAUAAUAAGGCAAGUCAAAGGCGAGCGUUAUUGCCUUUGAGCUAUCAAUCGUUUUGGCGUCUAUUCUAUAUUCAGGCCGUUGGGAUACUCCAGCCUUCCACCCCUGGAGCCCAGCGAUGUUUACUAAGGGUUGGGUGGCUGGGAUGGGUGAAUCUCUCCGUAUUUACUAAAUGGACCGUAAUGCAUUUGAGCCACUUUAGGCUUGUUGAUCUGCCGUUGAUUGGGUGGGUUCAGGAAGGGAUUUCCCAAUUAAAAAGCCGUUCGCUAUAUAGAUCACUCACAGUGUUUAUGACAUAUCAUGGACUGUUUUCCUGUAUAUGGAGGGUAACACAGCCUACGGCUAAAUCAAGCAUAAAUUUCUUGCCAUUCCUGACGACGAAAUUGGACACGGGUUUCAAGCACCAAAAACAAACUGAUAUUCUCCAACUCCCUAUUAGGGUUAUGAAUACCCAUGUUCGGUAUUCUCAAGGGAACCUCCGAAUCCGCAGGAAGAAAGAGGCAGACAAUGCACCUGACUGCAUUUGUCCUGUCAUAUAUGACAGGCACGUGUCUUGCAGCUGCAUAGCGCAACAAGCGGUAAGAAGAUUGGGGAAGAGAGAAUCACAUCACCCAAGAGACGGAGAUGCUCAAGUGGGUGCUUCUACUCAGGUCAAACCCGAAUUAGACUAAUACCGGGUUGGUUCUCUCCACCGCCUCGAGACUAAAUUGUGAGUUUGAGAACCGAAUUUGGCGGUGACUUUGACAGCAGCCAGCAACUUUCAAUCGUCGGGACUAUCGGCCGGAUGGGAGGGCCAUGUUGGGGAGAGGAGAGUAUAGUGAAAGGUAUAGAGA